UAGUUCUCUAGUUCUCUAGUUCUCUUUCUCCAAGAAAACAUCUGGUUCUCUCUCCCUCUCUCCUCUCCAGCCAUCACUCUUCAACUCUACAGCCUCAUGGACAGUGAGAGGUAUAAAGGUGAAAACUGGGAACAGAAUGUAAUAUCCGUCCUAGUGAACCCUGCCAUUGAGUGUGAAAGUGAGGACGAAGAUUCGGCUAUUCAGUCUAGCUCCGGGAUAUCCGAACCAACCAACAGAAAGGAGGAGAACGAGAUUGAAACUGAACGGAACAGCAACCUGUCAGAGUCGGGUUCAGAAAAACUAACAACGUUAACUCAUCAAUCAAAAAAAGAUCCAUCCAACACAAAAUUAGAGUUCAUUAAAGAGAGUAAGAAUAAAGGCAGUAUUGAACUUGUUGAGGCUGGAAAAGCUGGGAAAAAAUCGAGUUCAAAGAUUUCGCGGAAAAUGAGUCAAAGUUCGGUCGAGCAGACGGGUAUCCUGGACCGUGUGUUUAACUCAACCCAGAGCAGAGAUCUUAAGGAAACUUUUAGUCUCAAGCUGCAAGGAUUUUCAGGAACCAAGGACCUGGAACAUGAGGUUUCAGGAACCAUGGCAGAGGAGAACGGGGUCGGACUUUUCAUCAAAAAAUGUGUUCGAAAGAAAUCCUGGUCCUUUCGGGCACUACCGGGGGAGUGCAUCUUUAGUAUGAAGGAUCAUUCAGAAGAGAAAAUAGGAGAAGAUGCCUCCUUGACAAAAAACACGUUGGUGGAAUCAGUUACUCUUCCCAUUGAUAUAAAGAUGGAGAACUAUGACGGUAUAUCUGGAGUGUAUCUAGGACCCUCUAGAACCCUAGAUGAAUAUGACUUGGAGUAUCUGAACGGAGAUAUCACUGAGAACGAUGAUAUUAAAGACAGUUACAGGCCGCCCUCUCCACUCUCCAUCGAUUCAUUCUCUGGUAUCUACAUUGGACCAGAGGAGAAAAGAAAAACAAGAAAAUGUGAAGGAGAGGAAGACGAACAGAACGCAGAGGAUGAGGAGGAGAAGGAAGAAGAAGUCCUUCUAUCCUCCUCUGCUCCUGUACAGGGACCUGAGGUUGGGAAAAAGAAAAAACGACGAGGAUUAUUCUUCUUUAACACAUAUUCUGCCAAGGGAGGUUCAGAGGAUCAAGCAAAUAUGGAUCGAAAUGAAAACUUGUGCUUUCAACUUUUCAAACGAUCCUUCAACAUUGGAGAGACAGGGUAGACAUUGAGGGAAUACUGAGGAAUAUAGUGUUGAGGGAAUACUGAAGAAUACAGGGUGGAGGGAAUACUGGAGAAUACAGGGUGGAGGGAAUACUGAGGAAUACAGGGUGAGGGAAUACUGUAGAAUACAGGGUGGAGGGAAUACAGGAGAAUACAGGGUGGAGGGAAUAGUGGAGUAUACAGGAUAGAGGGAAUA